CAACUUUCUCCUUGGCACCUUGCUAGACCUUGCCUGGAGCAGAUGGUGUAAAAACACCCCAAGUCCUUCAUUACAAAAGGAAUGCAAAAGAUUUUCCCCUGGAAGCUGGGAAGCCACGAGAUCUCGCAAAAACUGCCAGUGGAACUUAAGGUUGUUUCCCUCUCUCUCUGCCAGAGCUGUCCUGUGUGGGUACUUUUUGUUCUACAGGAAUACAGCCUUUCUCUAGGGAUGAUCUGCUUCUGAUGGGGGAUCCAUGCCACUUUGGAAAAAGACAGAGCAAUUUUUCCCAGCGCUGGGUGAGUUUCCUUAAGCAUUUCUUUCUCUGCAUUGAAAUUUGUCAGGACAAUUCGAAUAAAUGUGCUCUGACUCAGAAGCAGCCAGAUGAUUUGUCUCUUUACGGAAGCUUGUUGCACACUUCACAAGGCUUCGCAACCGGCAGAUAGACUUGGGUCCCCUUUCCUAGCCCUGCUGAAAGUCGUUGUGGUUCAGAUUGACUAAGACACAGCAAGUAUUGGCUUUUUGCAAAAUUACCCAAGAUUUGUCCAAGGGAAGAAGCUAUUGGAAACACAGCUGCAAGAAAAUAAUAAUUAAAAAAAAUGACCGAGAAUGUUAGUUUGCAAGAGCUGGACAGCGACAGGUCAGAAAACAGCGAAGAGAUGGAGAUUAUUGUUAAUGUUGGAGGCGUAAGGCAGGUGCUGUAUGGGGACUACCUGAACCAGUAUCCCGACACAAGGCUAGCAGAACUUGUGAACUGUUUACCAGGAGGAUACGAUACGAUUUUCUCACUUUGCGAUGACUACGAUCCUGGGAAACGAGAGUUUUACUUUGACAGAGAUCCAGAUGCUUUCAAAUGCAUCAUCGAGGUUUAUGAUUUUGGGGAAGUUCACAUGAAGAAAGGCAUCUGUCCCAUCUGUUUCAAAAAUGAAAUGGAAUUUUGGAAAGUGGAUUUGAAAUUCCUGGAUGAUUGUUGCAAAGCACACCUGAGUGAAAAAAAGGAAGAACUUGAAGAGAUUGCCCGUCGGGUCCAGUUGAUCUUGGAUGACUUGGGAAUGGACUCCUCCGAAAACAGCUGGACCAAGUGCAAAAAAUGCAUCUGGAAAUUCCUGGAGAAACCCGAGUCAUCCUACCCGGCUCGGGUUGUGGCCGUCACAUCUUUUCUACUCAUCCUGACCUCGUCUGUAGUGAUGUGUGUGGGAACCAUCCCAGAACUGCAGGUGCAGGACUCUGAAGGUAAAUCCAUAGAGCACCCAGUUCUGGAUAAGAUUGAAACAGCUUGUAUUAUCUGGUUUACUCUGGAGUAUGUCCUCAGACUCAUCUCUUCUCCCAAUAAGUUGCACUUUGCUCUUUCUUUCAUGAACAUCAUUGACAUUUUUGCAAUCCUUCCUUUCUACAUCAGCCUCAUCCUGACCCAUUUGGGCACCAAAUUGAUGGAAUUAACCAAUGUACAGCAAGCUGUCCAAGCACUUCGGAUCAUGAGGGUGGCCAGGAUUUUCAAACUGGCACGCCACUCCUCAGGUCUACAGACAUUGACCUAUGCACUUAAGAGGAGCUUUAAGGAACUGGGGCUUCUCCUGAUGUAUCUAGCAGUUGGGAUCUUUGUAUUUUCUGCCCUGGGUUACACAGUGGAGCAAAGUCAUUCUGAAACAUUGUUUAAGAGCAUCCCUCAGUCCUUUUGGUGGGCAAUCAUCACCAUGACCACCGUGGGUUAUGGAGACAUCUACCCAAAGACAAUGCUGGGGAAACUCAAUGCUGCUAUCAGUUUUCUUUGUGGGGUCAUAGCCAUUGCCUUGCCCAUCCACCCCAUCAUUAACAACUUUGUCCGAUACUACAACAAGCAGAGAGUGCUAGAGACAGCUGCCAAGCAUGAGUUGGAAUUGAUGGAGCUCAAUGCAGGGGACCAGAAAGGCAGAGGUUCCCAUGAUAAGCCAGCGCACCUUCUGAGGAAUAGAAAUGAACAUUCCCGAUGGAGCAGACACCGGAAAUUCUCCUAUAGUGACACUUUCAUUCACCUUCUGUCAGAUGAUAACUAUUACCGAACCAGGCUUCAGAGUUGCAAGUAGUCUGCCUCCAUUCAGAAGUCUGGAAUAAAAGAGAAAUAGAAAGGACUCUUUUGAGGUCAGAUGUUUUGCACAGGCUUAAAACACACAAAUGUCUCUUUCUUUUGGUAAGUCAUGGAUUAGAGAAACCGAAGAGGGCAGAGAAUGUAUAGCCAAGUGUGCUGAUCCAAGCUGCCACUUUAGGAGCCAAAAAGAUAAAUAAAACUAAAGAUCUGUGAGUCUCUUGGCCAGUUAAUGUUUCAUGAUUGCUUAUGCAACCUUAUAAAAUCACAAAAGAUGUUCUGCAUAAUAAUAAAAGCAAAAAUACAUGUGUAUAGAGUUGGUCAAAGAUGUCUCUGAGUUGCUUGAUAGAAAAGUCAUUUCAACAUUUCUGAAAACUUAGUAUAUUUAGCACAAUGCAAUCUAAGAUUUUUACAAGUGAAAUCCAGUUGAAUAUGUAAUACUCUGGGAAAUGUGUUUUUAAAAACCUGUAAGAUUUGGUGAUUCAAAACUUCCCUUUUUAGCAAAGAAAAAAGAUUGCUCCCGAAGAUACUAUAAUAAAAUGAUAUUUAUGCCAAAUAAGAGGAUCUUCAGUGGAUAUGUUUUUCUUGUUAUGAUUUCAUUCAGUUCCUUGUAGGAAAGUUCUAUGCUUUAAAA